CAAAGCAAACACCAAAGAAGAACAAGAAGACGACAUUUGCGCGGUUUAAUCUAAACCCGGCAGCAGUUCGUGUGUGAGCUUUCUGAUUUUUAUUCGAAACAAUGUCUACGGAUCAAAAAUACAGAUACGAAAACGAUUGCAAUUCUGAUGAAAACAGGAACAAAGGCUCUUCAAGAUGGUCACAAUGUAGGAAACGUGGUGCAGAUGGUAGUCUGAGAAAAUCUCACGCGGUUGAAGAGCUUGGCAAAUGUUCACAGAGCACACACAGGCCAGAAAGUUUCACAACCCCAGAGAGUGAGGGACCUGUGUCCAGAGUAAAAAACUGGGGAGAUGAGGUAGAGGCAGAGGAAAUGCGUUCAAAUGUACGACGUGAUACGCAUCGAUACAGGAGGAGGAUUCUUGAAGCAGAUUUUCCUCAAAGAGACAGAAAAAUCUCAUCUGGAAGUUCGGACUCGAGAGACUCUAGAGAUUCCAAAGAGUCUCCUGCUAAAGGUGACAUUGAGUCAGAUGAGGCCACACUCAUAAGAAGACAAAAACAGAUCAAUUAUGGAAAAAACACUCUUGCAUAUGACAGAUACAUUAAAGAAGUUCCCAAGCAUAUGAGACAGCCCGGUGUUCAUCCAAAGACUCCAAACAAAUUCAAGAAAUACAGCCGACGGUCCUGGGACCAGCAGAUUAAACUGUGGCGGGUCAGACUUCACACAUGGGAUCCUCCUGCAGAAGAGGGAAGCGAUGUGCAGCAGAUAGAAGAGAUUGACCUUGGUGAAAUAAUGGACUUCGAGUUCGAUGUGGAGUAUUCAGGGGAUACGGAAUACUCGUGUCCAACAUCAAGUGGAGCAUCACUGGCUUUGGCAGAGGACUCAUUUACAGGAACCCCUAAAAAGAUAAUGAAAAUUGAGGAUACUGAAAUGUCUUGAGGAAUUACACUAAGAUCCAAGGCUCUAUGAGAGAACUCCUGAGCAGCUGAAUUGUGUUGAUACACUGUUUGCUUUACUGUUUUGAGUGUUAUUGUGAAAUGCUUUCAACAGGCAUUUUUGUAAUAGCACAUGUUUUGACGGCUUCUUAAAGAGAAGUUAUUUUAAAUGGGUUUUUUCAGUAUCUCUGAAUUCAACAUGUUCUUUCCACUUUUCCAUUUUGGGUCAUU